UGCUACAGAGACUCUGGGAGAGAGAGAGAGAGAGAUUGAACGAAAUCAGACGGACGGAUGAACUCGUCAAGAUGAGAAGGGCCCCAUUCCCGCGUUUCCUCUGAAAUUUCGCCUCUCUCGAAGCUAUAAAUACACUAUACAGCCGUGCCUUUGGCUAUUGUUCCCCGUCUCUCUUAAGCCGGCCUUUGGAGAAGAGAUAGGCGGAGAUGAGGGCGGAGAAGCGUGCCAUUGGAGAUUCGGAAGACGAUGAGAGAAAGCGGGCGAAGAAGCCGAGGACUCCGGACGCUGCAAGUGUUUUUAUGCAAGCUUUAUUGGUGGAUCUUCUUCGUCACCUGCUGCCUUCCUUCCGAAAGAUUGUGCAAGAAGAGCUGGAAAAGGUUUUCAAGCACUUAGGGCCUCUUAUGCCUGGCAGGUUACCUACAAAACAGCUUCAGGAAUCGGAUGGAAGAAAGCUACAGCUUCACUUCAUGACAUGUCUUCCAGAAAAACUUUUUACAGGGAAAAAGCUUAAAGGAAAGCAGGGUGGUGACAUUCAAAUCAUGUUGAUGGAUGCAAAUACCGGCAAUAUUGUUUCAUCUGGGCCCGAAUCAUCUCUUCAUUUAGAGAUUGUUGUUGUAGAUGGUGACUUUGAUAAUUUGCCACAUGCUGAUUGGACACAUGAGCAAUUUGAAAGGCACAUUGUAAAAGAGCGGAAGGACAAGAGACCACUUCUUGUAGGCCAGUUGAAGGUUGCCUUAAACAAUGGAGCUGCCGCCCUUGGGGAGAUACUAUUUACAGACAAUUCUAGAUGCUCAAGGAGCCAGAAGUUCAGGCUUGGGGUAAGAGCUGUUGCAGGACAAUCAUUUGGUCUUCAUGUUCGAGAGGCUAAGUCAGAGGCUUUCUCUGUCAAAGAAAAUAGAGGAGAAGAUUCUGAGAAGCAUUAUCCACCCAAGCCAAAUAGCGAAGUUUGGAGAUUGGAGGGAAUAGCGAAGAAUGGGCCUUAUCAUAAUGCACUUACCAAGGAGUCAAUCUUCACUGUUGAGGGUUUCGUACGGCAAUUGGUCAUGAAUCCAGAAGGGAUACGUAAUAUAUUUAGAAACAAGUUGAAGACAUGGGAUAGAUUAGUGAAGCAUGCCAGGACUUGCACACCCAGUAAGAAGAUAUAUGCAUACUAUGAUGAUGAAGCAAAGAAAACUCUCGUGUUCAACAAUGUCUAUGAAGUUAUAGGCCUUUCAGUAAAGGAUAAUUAUAUCCCCACAGAGUCGCUUCCUGGGCAUGAGAAGGCUUAUUUGGAUUCCAUGAAAAAGAAGGCACAUAGAGAUCGUAUAAACUUCAAGGAGUUUGAUGAAGAAGCACUACCCUGGCAUGAUCGCCGAGGGGAAAUUACUGAACCUAAUCCUGUUACUGUGGAGACAGGCCUGCCUGUUGAAGAAUUCUCCAUCCCUUCAAUUCCCAUGGAGCAUACUGAUGGGUCGCUAGCUCUCAUGCUUCAACAUCAAGCGCGGCAAGACAGUCAACUAGGAGGAUCAUCGGCUGCAGCCUCCAGCGGCGACCCUACUGCAUCAACUGCUCCCACUGAUCCACCUCUUUUCAUUGAAUCUGCUUCAUGUUCGUCGUUUCUCGGAAAGACCCAGGUUGGAAUGUUUGGAUCGUGCCCUCCUGUUCAUCGUUUUGGGCAACAUGAUUUUCAUCUUCGUCCUCCCAUUCUGGGACCAUGCUUGCCUGCUGUUCAUAAUGCUGGCCAGCAUGUUGAAGAAUUCUCCAACCCUUCAAUGCCCAGGGAGAACAAUAAGGUAAUUCCCGCUUCCAUGCCUGAAGAGCAAGCGGUGCAGGAUACUCAACUGGGACAAUCAUCAGCUUUGGCCUCCAGCAGGCACACUACUGCAUCAACUGCUCCCAAUGAUGCCCCUCUUCUCGAUGAUUCUGCUUCACGCUUAUUUUUUCCACGGGAGACUCAGGUCGAGACAUCUGGUUCACUGGAAGAUGCACCACUUUCAUUUGAUGACAUCGAUUGGGCUGAAAUGUCCCCCUUGCUGGAUGGCGACCUUUGUGAUAAUCUAUGCUUCUCGUACAGCACUCUGCAGGAGGCCGAUGCAGGCUCUGAAUUUUGGCCACCAGUCAACCAGCAUUCCCAGAAGGCUGUUACCUCCUGGCUUAAACUCAGACUUGCCCUUCGAGCAGUCACUUCUAUGAGAACAUUUGCAACCAGGAACAGAACUCGGCUUAUGGAGCAGGGUUGGGGAACCGCUUCGCAUGGAAAUUGCGGUGUAUAUGCUGUUUAGUCACUUCUGUAAGCUUACCAGAAUAAAGUUCCAGCCGGGAUUUUCCCUGGAUAUUGGAGAAUUGUCAUGCUAGAAAAAGGCGGAAAUGCUGGAUAUAUCUCGUAUUCCAGUGCGGGCCGCAUGUGGAGGUUCGCCAGAAAACAAGACCAAACAUAUGUUUCGCGGGUGAGGCCUGGCAGAAAUCGUGCAAAGCGUGACCUUGGUCACGCCGGCGGUUGACUCAUAGGCGCCGGGUAACUCUCCCUCUUAACCCUCGGAUCUGUGAGGAUGGUAGGAGACAAGCGUCCUAACGGCGAUCACCACCAUAAUGAUCAGCGGCGGGAGAGUAAGGGGCAGAGGAGACUUGUUCUGGGAAGUAGUCUUCUUCUCGUUCUUCCUUUCUUUUCAUGUCAUAUCUUUUUGACCUUUCCUCUUCCUUUGAAUCGUUUUUCUGUAUAGGUGGUUUUCCAAAUUGGGUAUCAUGAUUAGGGUUGUACUCUUUAUUCAUCUACCUUGAUCACUUUAGGAGUGUUAGUGUUUAUGUAGAAUUAGUUUCCCUUUGUUCAUUUCAUUAUUUUUUUCCCGGUGUCCUGGGGGAAAGUUCAUGUGGCUGGUUUUACUCCUAGAUCAAGACGAUAAUCAGAUGAAAAUUUUCCAUAUGUUCGUUUCUUUUCCCUGAACUCUAGGUGUUCCGUCCCUAGUUGUGUAACUUGUGUUCAUCACUUCCUGUAUGAGCAACAAGGAUAAUCACGAAUUCAGUUUGAUCCAUGACUGUCGUAUUUCGACUGCGCCCCUUCUUCAGUAGUUCUUGUUUUCAUCCAUUGCUCUAGGCGAUUGAAGCGAUAUUGCUCCAAUUCGCCUUUCCAUGGGGCUUGAAAUUUCGUGGUGGUAAGAGCAUGACAGAAUGGAGGAGACAUCAGCUUUUAGAUUAAGCUGAUUUCCUUUUUUUUUUUUUUUUUUUUUUUUAAUUUUGAGUGGUGGGUAUGUGCGAUUGGUAGCCUAAAGUCUUACCACAUUGCCGGAUGUGGGGACAAUAUUCUGUCAGUAGAGAGCGUCAUCAUGCUGGAUCUAUCAAGACUAGGCUUGCUCUUGCCUUUCCUCCCCCUGUGAAACAUUAUGACAAAUAUUGGUUCUUUCUCGUUUUUGGUUGGUAAGCUCAUAAUAUCAUGAAGACAAAAAUUCUCUCUAAAAUUCCACUCGAACAUGCUUGUCAUGGUCAAGUGAUUUACGUUUGACUCCACAUGAUUGGACAUAGAAAGCUACAAAAUUGUGUUGACUGAACUCACUUUUCAAAGAUAUUAUAGACUGAACAAUCAUGAAGAAAAGCUAUGGAUUUUCUGGAUUUUUACCAGUGUUGUUCAAGGCACCCGUCUCGUGAAGUGUGCGCCUCCCAGAAAAACGCCUCAAGGCGUUUGGGCGCGGCGUCUUUGACCUCAGGCAUGCGCCUCACGAGGAUGAGGUGUGCGCCUCACACAUCACCGUGAAGUGCCUCCAGCACCUUAACUUUAGUUUUUCCUCUCUUUGUUUUCAACAACAGGUUUUUCUUUCUGUUCUUCACCGCCUCAUGAAAACAAAAGGGGUUUUGGCCUUUGGGUACCUCACUUGGAGACGGCAGGGGGCAACUAUCACCGCAUCGAUCGGAGAAGGAAUGACAGGGAGUGAGAGACGGAGAGAGUUGAGAGGAAAAUGUGCCUGAGCUCGUGAGUCAACGGUACUCAAUACAACCCUGUCGGUGAGUGCUGCCGGAGCAGCGUAAUCUCUUCGACUCUGGUAGAGCUGCUGUCCGAGCUCGAGGCGUCCUACCUCUCUGCUGAAAAUGGACAUGAGAAUGACGUCUGGUGUUUCUUCUGAAUUUGAUUUACAUGGAAGAAGUUUCGUAUGGAAUGGAUUAUAACCUUUGGAAAUACAACAAGAUCAUAGAGUUUGCCGUCUCUGAGGACGACGGAGAGCCCGUGCUCUCGUUAAGUAUAAACGUCGGAGCAAUGUAUCUUCGUCAUAUGCUUCUUCUAUUUUAUUUGUGCAUCAGGGGACGGAUAGGAGGAGAUGUGGGCAGAGAAUCAUGCAAUUGCAGGUGUGGAGGACGAGGAGGCCAAGGAAAGGAAGAAAGAGAGUACUCAUGACGCUGCUGAAAGGUACUCUCACUAGUUUUAUAUUCCGGAUGGGAAUUUCACCUCCACUUGCAUCUGCAAGUAGUGCACUUAUGGAAGUUGUAGGUGUGCAUCUUCUUCAUCAUUUGGUGCUCCCUCUGAAAGAUUGUAAGUUUAAUUUUUAAUCUUCUUAUGGAGAAGAAGAGAAUGACUGCCUUCCCACUUUUGAUUUCAUUUAAA